CCGCCCCUUCCCGGCGCGUGCGCGGUGCGCGGGCCCGCGGCGGGCGCGGGCGGGGCCGGACGGAGCCGCAGCCGGAGCCGGAGCCGCCCGGCCCGGGUCCUGCAGAGCAGUGGUGGCAGCGCUGGACCCCUUCUGAUGGGAGGAUGGUUGUGCUCAGGCAGUUUAGGCUGCUGCUGUGGAAGAACUACAUCCUGCAGAAGCGGCAGAUCCUGGUGACGGUGAUCGAGGUGUGCCUGCCGCUGCUCUUUGCCGCCAUCCUGAUCGCGCUGCGGCACCGCGUGCACUCUGUCAGCCACCCCAACGCCACCCUCUAUCCCACUGAGUCAGUGGAUGACCUGCCCAGCUUCUUCUCCUCCCAGCAUGCCAGCAACCCCUGGGAGCUGGCCUAUGUCCCCUCCAACAGCAGCGCCGUCCGGAGCAUCGCUGAGGCGGUGGAGAGAGCUCUGCCCAUCAACAUCAGAGCUCAGGGCUUCCCCUCGGAGCGGGACUUCGAGGAGUACGUCAGGUUGGACAACCGCUCGGGCAGCGUCCUGGCCGCCGUCGUGUUCCGGCACCGCUUCCCGCACAGCUCGGCCCCGCUGCCCCUCCAGGUGGAGUAUGAGCUGCGCUUCAAGUACAGCCCGAGGAACGCCCCGCGCAGCGAGCAGACCGGGCUGAACCCCAACCUGGACCGCGACUGGCACACCAGCUACCUCUUCCCGCUCUUCCAGCUGCCCGGGCCCCGCGAGGCCAAGUUUGCUGAUGGGGGGACACCAGGUUAUCUCCGGGAGGGAUUCCUGGCAGUGCAGCACGCAGUGGACAGGGCCAUCAUGCAGUACCACGCCAGUGCCAGCUCUGCCAGCCUGCUGGAGAACAUCACUGUGGUGGUGCAGCGCUUCCCCUUCCCAGCCUAUGUCAAUGACCUCUUCCUGCUGGCCAUCCAGAACCAGCUGCCGCUGCUGCUCAUGCUCAGCUUCACCUACACCUCGCUCAACAUCGUCCGCGCCGUUGUCCACGAGAAGGAGAAGAAGCUGAAGGAGUACAUGCACAUGAUGGGCCUCAGCAACUGGUUGCACUGGAGUGCCUGGUUCCUCAUGUUCUUCCUCUUCCUCCUGGUGUCCGUGUUCUUCGUCACUGUGCUCUUCUGUGCCAAGGUGAGCGAGCAGGGAGCGGUGCUCACCAACAGUGACCCCACCCUGGUGUUCACCUUCCUUGCCAUCUUCUCCAUCUCCUCCAUCUCCUUCAACUUCAUGGUGAGCACCUUCUUCUCACGAGCAAACAUCGCAGCUGCUGCUGGCGGCUUCCUCUACUUCCUCUCCUACAUCCCCUACUUCUUCAUCUCGCCCCGCUACGACCUGAUGUCCCACAGCCAGAAGCUGGCAUCCUGCCUCAUCUCCAACGUGGCCAUGGCCAUGGGGGCACAGCUCAUCGGCAUGUUUGAAGGGAAAGGGACUGGCAUCCAGUGGAGGGACCUCAUGAAGCCCAUCAGCGUGGAUGACAACUUCACCUUGGCCCAGGUGCUGGGGAUGCUGCUCCUGGACUCGGUGCUCUAUGGCAUGGUGGCCUGGUAUGUGGAGGCCGUGUUCCCCGGGGAGUAUGGUGUGCCACAGCCCUGGUACUUCUUCCUCACGCCCUCAUAUUGGUGCGGGCGGCCCAGAACUGUUGUGGGGAAAGAGAAGGAGGAGGAGGAGGACCCCGAGAAAGCCCUGAAGAGUCAGUACAUUGAGGAGGAGCCAGCUGACCUCGUGUCAGGCAUCAAAAUAAAGCAUCUAUCCAAGGUCUUCAAAGUGGGCAGCAAGACAAAAGAGGCAGUGAAGGACCUGACAGUGAACAUGUACGAGGGGCAGAUCACCGUCCUGUUGGGACACAAUGGUGCUGGGAAGACCACCACUCUGUCCAUGCUCACAGGUCUGCACUCCCCGACGGGCGGGCAGGCCUACAUCAACGGCUACGAGAUCUCCCAGGACAUGGUCCUGAUCCGCCGCAGCCUGGGGCUGUGUCCCCAGCACGACGUCCUCUUCGACAACAUGACAGUGGAAGAGCACCUCCACUUCUAUGCAGGGCUGAAGGGAUACCCACCCUCCAAGUGUCCUGAGGAGAUCAACCACAUCCUGAGGAUCCUCAACCUGGAGGACAAGCGCCGCUCCCUGAGCAAGGCUCUCUCCGGGGGCAUGAAGCGCAAGCUGUCCAUCGGCAUUGCCCUCAUCGGGGACUCCAAGGUGGUGAUGCUGGAUGAGCCGACCUCGGGGAUGGACCCAGCCUCUCGCAGAGCCACGUGGGAUCUCCUGCAGCAGCAGAGGAGCAACAGAACCAUCCUGCUGACCACUCACUUCAUGGACGAGGCAGACCUUCUGGGGGACCGCAUAGCCAUCAUGGCCAAGGGCGAGCUGCAGUGCUGUGGCUCCUCGCUCUUCCUCAAGCGCAAAUAUGGGGCAGGAUAUCACAUGGUGAUGGUGAAGGAGCCCUACUGCAACCUGGGGGAGAUCUCCCGCCUCAUCUGCCAGUACGUGCCCAACGCCACCAUGGAGAGCAAUGCCGGCGCAGAGCUGUCCUUCAUCCUGCCCAAGGAGAGCACACACAGGUUUGAGGCCUUGUUCACGGAGCUGGAGCAGAGGCGGGAGGAGCUGGGCAUUGCCAGCUACGGUGCCUCAGUCACCACCAUGGAGGAGGUGUUCCUCAGGGUUGGGAAGCUCGUGGACUCCAGCAUGGAUAUCCAGGCCAUCCAGCUGCCUGCUCUGCAGUACCAGCACGAGAGACGCUCCAACGACUGGGCCAUGGACGACUCCAGCAGCCUGAGCGGCAUGACGGACAUGACGGACGACAGCGGGGCGCUCAUCACCGAGGACUGCUCCAGCAUCAAGCUCAACUCCGGGUUCUACCUGUGCUGCCAGCAGUUCUACGCCAUGUUCAUGAAGCGGGCCAUGUACAGCUGGCGCAACUGGAAGAUGGUGGCGGCGCAGUUCCUCGUGCCUCUGAUCUUCACUGCCUUUGCCCUCAUCGUGGCCAAGACCUUCCCGGGCCCACGGGACUCGUCCCUGCUGCGCCUGACGCUGGAGCCCUACGGCCAGACCGUUGUGCCCUUCUCGGUGUCGGGCCCGGAGGGGCUGCCGCAGAGGCUGGCGGAGCAGUAUGUGGAGCUGCUGGAUGCCCAGCGUCAGUCGCCACUGGAGGUGCUGGGUGGGCUGGAGGAGUACCUCAUCUCCCGAGCCUCUGAGGAGGGAGGAGCCUUCAACGAGCACUACAUUGCAGCUGCCUCCUUCGAGGGCACGGGGAACCGCACGCUGGUCACGGCACUCUUCAACAACCAGGCCUACCACUCCCCGGCCACCGCCCUCAUGCUGGCUGACAGCGCCAUCCUCAGGGUGCUGGCGGGCCCCAACGCCUCCAUCACCGUCACCAACUACCCCCAGCCCCGCAACAUCACCGAGAAGGCCAAGGACCAGCUCAUGGAAGGGCAGACUGGGUUUGCCAUUGCCAUCAACCUGCUGUAUGGGAUGGCCUCCCUCGCCAGCACCUUCGCGCUGCUGCUGGUCAGCGAACGCGCCAUCAAGGCCAAGCACGUCCAGUUCGUCAGCGGCGUUUAUGUGGUCAACUUCUGGCUCUCUGCCCUGCUGUGGGACAUCAUCAACUUCCUCAUCCCUUGUGCUCUGAUGUUGGUGAUAUUCCAAGCCUUCAACGUGCAAGCCUUCACCCAAGACAGCCACCUCGUUGAUGUGAUGCUGAUCUUCCUCCUUUAUGGCUGGGCCAUCAUUCCCCUCAUGUACCUCCUCAGCUUCUUCUUCUCGGUGGCAGCCACAGCCUACACCCGUCUCACCAUCUUCAACAUCCUCUCUGGCACUGCCACCUUCCUUGCUGUCACCAUCAUGAGCAUCCCAGAGCUGGGCUUGGUGGACCUCUCCAAAACACUGGAUAAAGUUUUUCUCAUCUUACCCAAUUACUGCUUGGGCCAGUGCAUCAGUGACUUCUACCAGAACUAUGAGUUCAUUCAGUUCUGCACCUCCUCUGUUGAAGCCAUCUUCAUCUGCAAGGCCUUCAAUAUCAGUUAUCAGAUGAACUACUUUUCCUGGGAGACCCCUGGGAUUGGGCGGUACCUGACCUCCUUGGCUGUCCAGGGUUUCUCCUUCCUCUUCCUCCUCUUCCUCAUUGAGACAAACCUUCUCUGGAGACUGAGAACUCUGGUCUGUGGCAUCUGCAGGCGGAGGAAAUGGGUGGCCCUGCUGAACAGGGUGUCUGUGCUGCCAGAGGACAGGGACGUGGCAGAUGAGAGGAAGAAGGUUUUGGAGUCGCCACCAGAACUGCUGUCAUCUCUCAGCAGCCCUCUGGUCAUCAAGGAGCUCACCAAGGUCUAUGACAGCCAGGAGUCCCUGCUGGCAGUGGACAGGAUCUCCUUGGCCGUCAGCAAGGGGGAAUGCUUUGGUCUCCUUGGCUUCAACGGAGCAGGCAAAACCACCACCUUCAAGAUGCUGACGGGUGACGAGAGCAUCACAUCGGGGGACGCCUUUGUGGAUGGCCACAGCAUUCUGGCCAACAUCAAGAAGGUGCAGCAGCGGAUCGGGUACUGCCCGCAGUUCGACGCCCUCCUGGAGCACAUGACGGGGCGCGAGACGCUGAGCAUGUACGCGCGGCUGCGCGGCAUCCCCGAGCGCUACAUCGGCAGCUGCGUGGAGAACAUGCUGCGCGGGCUGCUCCUGGAGCCGCACGCCGACAAGCUCGUCAGGACCUACAGCGGUGGGAACAAGCGGAAGCUGAGCACUGGCAUUGCCCUCAUUGGUGGCCCCCCUGUGAUCUUCCUGGAUGAGCCCUCCACUGGCAUGGACCCUGUGGCCCGGCGCUUGCUCUGGGAUGCAGUGACACGGACACGGGAGUGUGGCAAAUCCAUCAUCUUCACCUCCCACAGCAUGGAGGAGUGCGAGGCGCUGUGCACACGAUUGGCCAUCAUGGUGAACGGGCAGUUCAAGUGCCUGGGUAGCCCCCAGCACCUCAAAAGCAAGUUUGGUAGUGGAUACACCUUGCUGGCCAAAACCCAGAGUGAGGAGGAGGGCGAGCUGCAGGCCUUCAAAGCCUUUGUGGAGAAGACUUUCCCAGGCAGUGUCCUGAAGCACGAGCACCAGGGCAUGGUGCAUUACCACUUGACCAACAAGAACCUCAGCUGGGCACAGGUCUUUGGGGCCCUGGAGAAAGCCAAAGAGAAGUAUCGCCUGGAAGACUACUCAGUGAGCCAGAUCUCCCUGGAGCAGGUCUUCAUGAGCUUCACUCGCUUCCAGCACUACACAGAGGACAGAGGGAAAUGAGCCCUCCCGGUGCCCUUCGUCACGGACUGGCCCCCAGCCUAUACAUAGUAUAUAUAGAGACAGUAAUUUAUAUAUCGGCGUGUCUUAAAUACUGUAUAAAUGUAAAACUUUUCACCGGGGAGGGGUGAGAGGAUGGCAACGCUCCUGCUGCUGUCACUGCCUCUGGGCAUGCGUGGGUGUUCACAUGUGACAUUGCCAUUCUCCAGCCUUCAUCCAUCCAGCAAAAAAAAUCUGCCCAAAAAGCCGGGAGGAGCCUGGAUGGGUGGAGAGGGGUGUUGGACUUGGGCUGGCAGAGGAGGAGCGGGAUCCCCUCUGCUCCCCUCCUCCCUGCCCGUCGCUCACACCCGGUGCGACGCUGCCCGUGGUCCUCACCCGCGUGUCCGUGUGUUGUUCAGUGGUUGCUCAUGGGUUAGCAGGAGGCUGUCACAGAGCUCAGAUCCAAACCGUCCCUGGGGGCAGCAGGAUGCACUGGGAUUGCCCGUGGGAGCGCUUCGUGUCCAGCCAGAGGGGAUGGCUUAGCUGCUGUCUGGCACCUGCCUGGCAUGGGAAAGAGGAGGCUCUGUCUCCUUUAAGGGCUUGGGAAAACUCUCUCCUCCUGCCUGCUUGCCAAGCCUGGCCCGAGGAGCUGGCACUGGCCCCAGCCGUGCAAGGGGAGCUGUGUGGUGCCAGGAGCUGGCAGUGGGUGAGAGGUAGCACGGUGCUGGAGCCAAGCCCAGAGCUCGGCCCAGGAGCAGCACGUGAUGGGCACGGCUGGGGAGCCAGAGCUGGAGGCAGCGAGGGGUGCCCAGAACGGUGCUGGGAUGGGCGGGGGGUGCCACAGGGUCCCUGGGGCUGCUGCUGGGUUGAGUGAGAGGUGCUGCAGGGUCUUGGCUGUGCUCUGUAGGACAGGUGUGAAGUGUCACAGGGUGCCCAGGGACGCUGCUGGCCUCAGCGUUGUGUCCAUGCAGGGGUUCUGCCAGCAACACCGCCCCACACUGUGCAGUGCAGCCAUGGGACCAGUUUGAAGCCAGCAAUGCCCUCACUGUGCCCAUGUUCUGCUGAGCUCACCCCUUACACCCCACACAGCUCCAACCAAACCAUAUCUGUCCUACAUCCCCCUCCUCAUCCCCAUCCCCUCUGCCCCUCGCCAGGCUGUGCUGGCAGCAGGCAGGGAGCAAAGGCCCUGUCCUGCCCCUGCCUGGUUCCAGGAUGCUGCUGGGCACCAGCAUUGCCCAGUCCUGCCUGGGCCCAGCUGGAGGAGGCAACUUCUUUUUGGAGUUUCCCAGUGGCUGGGUUGGGGAUUUUUUGUUUGUUUGUUGGAAAUCUGUGUUGAUUCUUGUCUGUCCUUAACUAGUCCCUGUGUCACCUGGGGCAGCCCUUUCGGUGCUGCCCCAUGAUCAAUGCAGAGCUAUUUGCACUAUAGUACUACACACAAUUGCACAUAACUAAUUAAUAUUUAUGGCAAGGGGGGCUGAUUCCCUCCCAGUGAUUGCAUUGUCAGGGGUUGGGUUAUAUUUUUGGGUUGGGUUUUCAUUUUUUUCCUUGUGACUGACUCAUUCUUUCCUGUUCCAUUUCUUCCCUUUGCCUAAUGUUGUUGUUCAGAACGAUGGUGCAUCAUGUUACUAAGAAUUUCCCCGGA